AAUAUGAAUCAGUUUAUAACGGAAAGUUCUAAGCGCCGGUAGUCAACAAAAUAACAAACGCAGUGUUUAAAUUGUAAAAUAAUUUUGAAAAAGAAAAAUAAAACAACAACAACAACACACAAUAUAGAAAAUAUAAAAUAUUAAUAAACAUUAGUUCGAAAUACAUAAAUCUGAAUAAAAGUAUAUUGUAAGUGAAGGAAUAUUAAGUCAGUCAGUCAGUCAUUUCUGAUUCAGUCUGUGAGUGGUUUGAGUUUUUGUGGAAAAAAAAGUUUAAGUUUGUGUUUUUUUUCUUGAUGGAGUACUAAAGAAAACUUAAGGAAAAAUAUAAUCAACAUUUUUAAGAAUACACCCCGUCAUCUAUCCAGCCAACCAACUAUAUAUGGGAGCAUAUAAAACUACCCUUACAACGACUGGAAAAAAAAGUUCAAAUUAAAGAAAAUUUUCAAACACCAGUGUAUGUGUAGUUUCAAUUCGAUUCUAUUCUAUUUUAGUGAGAUUACAAAGUGGAAAAUUCUCUAAAUACUCAUUAAUUACGUACGAGUGUGUUCAAUAAAAUAGACUUUUUUGUGCUUGAAAAGAAACAAACAAGAAAUAUACUCUUAUCUGGAUUGGCGUUCCUUUUUAUUUGUUGAUGGCUGCCACUAAAAUUAUUGAUGCGCCUCGCAAUGGCCAUGAAAUGGCGCCGUUGAAUACUCGAGCCCGCGGAGAUGGCACACAUGGUGUAACAAUUGUUUUGACAGCGCCUCAGAGAAAUUCCGUUAGUUCUGUGGAGAUACCGGGCGAACCAGAACGUGCAGCAUGGUCUGGCAAAAUGCAAUUUUUUCUCAGUAUUAUUGGUUACUCAGUAGGUCUGGGUAAUAUAUGGCGUUUUCCAUACUUAUGUCAACAGAAUGGUGGAGGUGCAUUUCUAAUACCGUUCAUGGUGAUGUUGAUAUUGGAAGGCAUACCACUGUUUCUAAUUGAACUGGGCAUGGGACAGCGCAUGCGUCUGGGUGCGCUGGGCGUCUGGAAUACCAUACACCCUUGGCUGGGUGGUAUUGGCAUCUCAUCGUGUAUAGUGACGUUGUUUGUGGCGCUCUACUACAAUGUGAUUAUAACGUGGGUGUUCUUCUACUUGUUUAAUAGUUUCCGGUAUCCUCUGCCCUGGGCUUCAUGUCCUACCAAUGGCACAGGUGCUGUGGUGGAGGAGUGUGCGCUAUCUUCUGAAACCACAUACUUUUGGUAUCGUACAACAUUGGAUGCAGCUCCGUCCAUGGAUGAUGCUGGCGGUCUUAAAUGGUGGAUUGUACUCUGUUUGCUGCUCUCCUGGACAAUUGUGUUCUUCAUUGUGAUGAAGGGUAUUCAGAGUUCGGGUAAAGUGGUGUAUUUUACUUCACUCUUUCCCUACAUUGUCCUGACAAUCUUCUUUAUUCGUGGCAUAACUUUACGCGGCGCCAGUGCGGGUCUCAUGCAUAUGUACACGCCGAAAGUUGAAAAGCUAGCUGAUCCCACAGUGUGGCUGGAUGCCGCUACUCAAGUCUUUUAUUCAUUCGGCUUAGCCUUUGGCUCCCUGAUUGCCUUCGGUAGUUACAAUACGCCCAAGAACAAUUGCGUCCGUGAUGUACUGUUAGUGUCCGUUUGUAAUGCCAUCACCGCCAUUUAUGCCAGUGUGGUCAUAUUUGCCAUUUUGGGCUUUAAGGCAACCGUCAAUAUGGAUCGUUGCAUUGAAGCAAAUAAAGACAUUUUAUUUAAGCAUGAGAUGUUGUCUUCAAAUAAUGUCACUGAGGAAGUCUAUGAAGAAGCAAUGGCCAAAAUCAGCCUGAAUCAGACAAAAGAAUGGGAACUGGGAGAAUGCAGUUUAUCGCAUGAGUUGGACAAUGCUGCCGAAGGUACUGGUUUGGCAUUCAUUGUUUUCACACAGGCAAUUGUAGAGUUACCGGGUGCACCAUUUUGGGCAGUUCUAUUCUUUACCAUGUUGCUGUCGCUGGGCUUGGGAUCACAGAUUGGCAUACUUGAGGGCAUGCUGUGCACACUGUUCGACAUCGACAUCAUUAAGCGGGUUAAGAAACAACAUGUUACUGGAGUGGUGUGUCUUUUCUGCUUCAUUAUCGGUUUCAUCUUCUGUACAGGUGCUGGCGAGUAUUGGCUGAAGAUGUUUGAUUCCUUUGCCGGUACAAUUGGUCUGGUUGUGAUUGCUCUUAUGGAAAUGAUAGCUGUCGUUUAUAUUUAUGGUCAUGAAAGAUUUACCGAAGACAUCUAUCAAAUGACUGGCUACCGACCUGGCAUCUACUGGCAAUUAACUUGGCGGUACUUUGGUCCCCUUAUUAUGGUGGCCAUUCUCGUCUCAUCUGUGGUGUUUAUGAUUAUUAAGAAUCCCACUUAUGGUGCCUGGAAUGCGGAAACGGGCGCGGUUGAGGCUAAAAGCUAUCCAACAUGGGUUAUGGGCAUUGCUUUGUCUAUGAUCUUAGCUGGCGUUUUGCCAAUGCCAAUAGUGUUCCUAAUGCGUAGCUUCCAAUGCCUCAAGGUUGAUUUGGAUAUUCAUCAAGGUUCAAUUCGAAGAAAUGAAACAACCGCCUCCACUAAGGAAAUGAUUGAUAACGAUGAUGAUGACGAUGAUGAUGAUAAUGACUUUAGUGGUCCAGCAUUAGGAGGACAUGUUAAGACGCACAGUGAUGCAUCCGAUGAUGAUGACGAUGAUAAACCCGUUACCAUGCGUUCAGCAAUGAUGCGUGCCACCGGUAAUCAUCUAGAUGUGCCAUCAAGCAAAAAGCCGUUUAAAAUGGAAGUAUUCGAUUUGUAGACCUCUCAUUAAUUUUAAUCCACAAUUUAAGUAGAAAUUUUCAUUAAUUUUCUGUUUUACCAUAAAAUAAGAGCAAGUUAAUGUUAAAAAUUUCAAAUGAUAAAAGAAAAAUACCAAAAAUAUAUAUAAAACUCAAAAUAAUUUACAAAUAGAACAAAACAGUUACAACAACAACAAAAAUAGAACUAAUUUAUAUUUGUAAAUUUUUAAGAACAAGAAAAAAUUAAAAAAUAAAAAACCAACAACAAUUUAAAAUUAAAAAAAUUUUGUAAAAGAUAACAAGGGUAUGAUGAAGUUGAAGAAAAAUACCGAAAUGAUAAAUGAAAGUAUUUGUAAAUUAAUGAAUUAUGUAGUUUUUAAUUCUAAGUAAGUAGUUUUUAAGAAUUAUGAUUAAAACAAAAAAAAGCUUAAACUUAAAAAGAAAACGACAAGAAAAACAGUAUAUGAUGAUGAAAGAACUUGAAUUAAGUUACUUACAUACAUAGAUAUUUAGUUGUAACCUAAAUUGAUUUUAUUUAUACUUAUACAUAAUUUUUAAAAUAUAAUACAUGUAUGAAUAAAUUAUCUUACUUAACCAAAUACUUUUAGAUACAAUAUACAAAAGAAACGUUUUUCUGUUGAAAAAAAAAAAAAAAAAGAAUAUUCAAAAACUCACAGACCACAGAACAACAUGAAUAUUAACUUUUACUUCGCUUUAAUAGGUUGAGAUUUAGAACGCAUUUCCAAACAGAGUUGAACUCUAAAAUAUUUUAUUUUAUUUUGUUUUCUCCCCACAGUUUAUCCUAUAAAUUAAUAAGAGAACUACAAAUAUAUACAAAUGUUUUAAUUUCUAUUUUAAUAAUAAUUUUAUAAUUUGUUAUUAAUUGCUUGCCACUUUAGAAUUUAUGUUCCAAAAAGUAUAAAAUAAAUAAAACUUAAAAUAACAAACAAAUCCAAAUUAAAAUGUAUUUUAAAUAAUAAUUUCUGUGAUUUUUUGCUUAGUUCGUUUUAUCUCAACACAUAUUUAUACACUUGUAUUUGUAAUCGUACUUAUUUAUAAAAAGUACAGCAUACUUUAGGGCGCAAUUCUAACAGUGAUACGGAAAAGAAUUAACGCAAUUCUCUAACACGUCUCAAAAAUUUAAUAGUUUUGCAGAUUAUUCGAAAAAUGGUUAAUCGGGUUUUUAUUAAUUGCAAACAUAUGUGACCCCUAACACACGGCAAAUAUUUUACGAAAAAGACGUAAACGCUAAAUAAAAUAUAUUUUACUUAGGACAAUUCAAAACAAAUAUUUAGUUUUAUAUUAUUUGAUGCAGUUUGAUCUUACAAAACACUUGUUAGAGUAAACAACGUCAAACAAAUUUGUGCUACAAAAGUGGUUACGCUUUUUUGUGUAAAUAUUUGCCAUGUGUGACCGUAACUUAAAUUAUUCUAAAAUCAACAAUGUAAAAUCAUAUAAAUCAAAAUGUUUCUCUUAAAUUAUUAAAUUCUACGCAAAGUAGAGUUCAGAAAAAUGUGUCAAAAGUUUCCAAAUGUGAAAUACAUAUUAACAAAAUGUACAGAUAUUUUGAAGACCACGUAGUAUUCGUAAAUAUUCUAAAUUAAGUCAACGCGAUACAAAAUAAUUAUUUAUGUAGAGACUUUUUUAACACAUUUAUAUUAAAUUAUACUGAAAUUAAAUUAUAUAUUGGAGAAUUGUAAAUAAUUGUAAACAGAUACAUAAAGAAGAAGUUUAUAUAAUGGGAAAUGAAUAUUAUUUUUGACCUG